AAUUUUACCCGUGGACUCUUCCCGAUCCCCAUUUUUCUGGGAAGCUAGGGUUUGCUCGGUUUCUCUCGAUUCAGCGAAUCGGAACCCACGGGAACACGACAAUGGCGAUGAGGAGGGUGUACAGUGAGAUCAAGGGGAAGAAGGUGAAGGAGCUUCCGAGCUACUUCAAGCCGAUGUUCUCGAUUGAGAACGCGAAGAACGCUGUGAAGAGAGGUCUCGACAAUUACAACGAAAAGUACAUUCAGACCAGCUCCGUCGAUCCUCUGCUUCAUGUCUGUUUCGGUGGCAUGAUCUUAUCGUACCUUGUUGCUCUUCCCCACGAGCGCCGCCACCUCGAGCACCAGCAGCAUGCCAAGGAGCAUGGCGGUCACUGAUGCGGAGGAAUCGUUUCGAGCCUUUCGUUUCUCGAUGAUUAGAGAUUCGGUGGUGCAAAAUCCUUCUUCGUUUGUGAAGAUCGUGUUGCUCAAUGUUCUUUUUUCAAAUUUCCUGGAUCUUGUUGACCAGAAAUACCUUUGUUUUGAAUUGCAUUUCGUACGUAAUAAAAGAAGCAUGAUCCAUAAACAGUGAAACACUCUUUUGAUUGCAUAUAAAAAUUGUCGGGCAUUUAUUGUUA